UGUUUGGGGUCCUAAUAAUAUUCAGGCAGUGGUUGGUUAGCUUCGGUGAGUCCUCGCGCUUUUCGAGUUUGCUAGUCUCGUGGUGUAAUCAUGGACGAUGAAGAGGAAACUUAUCGGCUCUGGAAGAUCAGGAAAACUAUUAUGCAGUUAUGUCAUGAUCGAGGUUACUUGGUGACACAGGAUGAGUUGGAUCAGACACUUGACGAAUUCAAGGCUCAGUUUGGAGACAAGCCAAGUGAGGGGCGUCCUCGUCGUACAGAUCUGACUGUACUGGUUGCCCAUAAUGAUGACCCCACAGAUCAGAUGUUUGUGUUCUUCCCAGAGGAGCCAAAAGUUGGGAUAAAGACCAUCAAGAUGUAUUGUCAGAGGAUGCAGGAGGAGAAUAUCACUCGGGCUAUUAUAGUGGUGCAGCAAGGAAUGACUCCAUCUGCUAAGCAGUCACUGGUAGAUAUGGCUCCUAAGUACAUUUUGGAACAGUUUCUGCAGCAAGAGCUUCUGAUAAACAUCACUGAACAUGAGCUGGUUCCUGAGCAUGUGGUUAUGACUAAAGAUGAAGUGACAGAGCUUUUGGCUCGAUAUAAAUUGCGAGAGUCCCAGCUCCCCCGUAUCCAGGCUGGAGAUCCAGUGGCCAGAUAUUUUGGACUGAAGCGUGGUCAGGUGGUUAAAAUUAUUCGUCCUAGUGAGACUGCUGGUCGAUAUAUUACCUAUCGAUUAGUGCAGUGAGAAAUUGCUCUCGGUAAGCUUUGAUCAGUCUGCAGUUAUGUACAGGAUUUACUGGGCUGCCUUCAUCUGCAACAUUUCAGUUAAAUACUGACCUCAGUCUUAAGAAGAUGUAACGCACCAUGGAAAAGCACAGACUGUUUUUUUAAGACGGUAGUUUCACUUUAUUUUAAGUAAAAGGACAAACCUCUGAAGCGUUUAUUUGCUGAUCAAUAUGGAAGUACUUGCUUCUUGUAAACAUAAAUUCCUGAUAUCUACACGUACAACUAAAUAAGAUGGUGCCAGGAACUCUAACGAAGUUAAUAAUCUGCUUAAAGCAGUUGCAUUUGUAUCUUUUAUGACAUGUUAUUCUUUGCUGUAUAUAGGUUUGGUUUAAUAAUUUGUUUUAUACACAGGAUAAGUUUCUUUCACACUCUGUAUUAGAACAGGCACUAUGUGUGUUGCUUUUAUAAAGUGAUUAUGCUAGUUCUGUUCAGAAUGAUGGGAAGAAUAAAGAUGUGUUGUAAACCAGAA